CCCUUGUUGUUUGGGAGUCGCUGUGAAUCCAAGAGAAGAAGAAGAAGAACCGGUCGCUGGUUGCUCACCGCUUCAUAGUUAACGUGAAAUGGCUGUGUGGCUUCUGCUGACAAGAUUCCAUCAUCCGUGUCUUAGAUUGCGUUAAUAUGUAGAUGAUGAUGGCAAGUCGGGCGUUCGACCAGUCGCCGAAUGUCCAGCUGACGUACGUAACGUGUGCGAGGCAAUGACGUCAACAUCUGUCGAAAGAUAGAAGCCAUCUGAUGCCUCGCUAGAGAAGAUGCAGCAGAAGAGGAACAUCCAGAUCAUAGAAUGGGAGGACCUGGACAAAAGGAAGUUCUACUCUUUCGGAGUCUUCAUGACGAUGACCAUUCGGGCCACGGUGUACCCAGCCACCCUGAUCCGCACCCGCCUGCAGGUCCAGAGGGGUAAAUCUCUCUACAGCGGGACCUUUGACGCCUUCUUCAAGAUCUUGAGAACGGAGGGUGUGCGUGGCUUGUACCGGGGCUUCAUGGUGAACACCUUCACCCUCAUUUCAGGACAGGCCUACAUUACCACCUACGAGCUGGUACGAAAGUACGUGUCUGAGUAUUCGGACAGCAACACGGUCAAAUCACUGGUGGCUGGAGGCUCAGCAUCCCUGGUGGCACAGAGCAUCACUGUUCCCAUAGAUGUUGUUUCACAGCAGCUCAUGAUGCAGGGUCAAGGGGAACACCUCACUCGCUUCCGCCUCAAGCCGCAGAAUGGGAAAACGAAAAGACUGUUUGGACAGACGAGAAACAUUGUGGCCCAGAUAUUUGCUGCUGAUGGAUUCCAUGGCUUCUACAGAGGAUAUGUAGCAUCCUUACUCACCUAUAUUCCAAACAGUGCUGUGUGGUGGCCUUUCUAUCAUUUUUACGCUGAACAGCUCUCCAAAAUGGCACCCAGUGACUGCCCUCAUCUGGUUCUCCAAGCCAUGGCAGGACCACUUGCCGCCGCUACUGCUUCGACUGUCACCAAUCCGAUGGACGUCGUCAGAGCCAGAGUUCAGGUUGAAGGACGGACCUCAGUCACUGAAACAUUCAAGCAGCUGAUCACCGAGGAGGGUUUUUGGGGAAUGACCAAAGGACUUUCUGCACGCAUCAUUUCGUCCACUCCCACUGCCAUCGUCAUGGUUGUCGGCUAUGAGACACUGAAAAAACUCAGCUUGAGGCCGGAGCUGGUGGAUUCCAGACAUUGGUAGAAUUUUGUCAGACCCGAGUCGUACGUGAGAGAAGAUCGAGGCUUUAUAGAGGUAAAACCCUUAGUUCACAGUAGCUCAGGAUGAAUUUGAAAAAUGAAAAAAUCAGGGGGAGAUUACUUCUGGCUAAGUACUAAAUACACAUUUGCACCGACCUUGUUCAUGAACAGUGGCAACACUGAGCUGGUGGUCUCCACAGAUCUGCAAGGUUUCUUGUUACAGCUUUGCACAACAAUGAGUUAUAACUGCAACGAACAUGUACGGCACAUCAUCUGCAGUGCUUUUACAAAAUGACUAUCUGUGGUUGGUAACACUGAUGAUGGAUGGAUGGAUUUUAAACAACUUGAUGUAUAGUAUUUCUCUGGAAGCCACCUGUACAUCUUGUAUUUUUUUCCUGUAAAAUGUGAUUCCAUUCUGUGUAAUUAUAAUAUUUAUAUAAUGUGUGUGUUGUUUCAGUGGACUUCAGAAUAACUUGACAUGUGCUUUCCUCCUCUUGUUAGAGUUUCUCCAUGUACUUUGGAGCUGAAUCAGCGCUAAUAUUAUCAAAUGG